AAGAUAUACAGCAGCACAAUCUUUACAACCGUCCGAUCUCAAAAUGAUUCCACAUGUCAACCCAUCGAAAAACCAACCAUCAAGCCCCAAAAUAAUAGAAUCAUAACUAAAAAACAACAAUACAUAGCAAAUAAAUUAAAACCAAAAAAAAAAUCAAAUGAACAAAGAGGGCAAGAAAACAAGAUCCUCGAGAAAAUCAUGAACUCACUUUCUUAAGCCAGAAGGGUGGCGAAGAAAGCAGCAGCCACGGUUACACCGAUGAAGACACCGUUGGUGGAGGCGGCGGAGGGAGGAGGAGGGCCUUGGUCAGCCGAAGGCUCGGAAGCUGGUGCAGUUGAACCUUGUGGAGUGGAAGCAGGAGGGGUGGAGAUCGAAGGAGAAGGUGCAGAAGCGGCUGGAGCAGGGGAAGGAGAAGUGGUGGGAGAUGGGGUUGGGGAAGUCGAAGGAGCUGGGGACGGCGUCCUGGACGGUGUGGGUGCAGGUGUUGGAGUAGCAGCCGGCGGUGGAGAGGAUGUCGGAGGAGCUGUUGGUGGAGCUGUCGGAGCUUGAGCCACGCAAGCGGUGGCCAAAAGACCCAACAUCAUCACAACCUUAAACAUUGCGGAACUCAUAUUGCCAAAAAGCUUUGGAAAGAA